UCCUGCGCCCUGGGCGGGGCUGGCCAGCAUCAGUGCAGUCAGCUGUGCCGCUGGCGCCCUCCGAGCCUGGUCAGCGAUGUACGACGGCUCGUACCUCGCGGGGCGCGGGCACGCGCCGGGCGUGGCCCAUGCGCCCUGGCCUGGCGGCGACGGCGGGAGAUCGUUAGCAUCGGCUCCCUCGUACAGACCGCACGACUUCGGCUGCUUCCGGUACGAGCCGCACGCGAGCGAGCUCCUCGGGGGCUAG